AUGUUGCUUCUCUCCCCUCUGUUGCUCCUCGUUUUCCCCGCUGCGCUCCUUGUGGCCGCGCAAGGCGCCGGAGACCUCCAGGGUUUUCCCCUCCCCAUUGGGAGCACAGGCUUUGACCUAGCAGACCCCUGCAUGGUGGUGUCUCCCCCAUGUAUGAGCGAGGCAGAUCGCUACAGCCUGGAGGCCCUGCGGAGCAUCCAUCAGAUGAUGGAUGAUGACCAGGAUGGAGGGAUUGAGGUGGAGGAGAGUGUGGAGUUCAUCAUUGAAGACAUGAAGCAGCAGCAGACCAACAAACACAGCAAUCUGCACAGAGAGGACCAACACAUCACAGUCGAGGAGCUUUGGAGGGGCUGGAAGUCGUCUGAAGUACAUAAUUGGACUCAAGAUGAGGUGCUUUGCUGGCUGAAGGAGUUUGUUGAGUUACCACAGUAUGAGAGAAACUUUAAAGACUUUAAGGUCAACGGAAACACACUCCCCAGGAUUGCAGCUAAUGAGCCUUCGUUCCUGAGUGGCCAGCUGAAGGUUCAGGACCAGAGAGACAAACAGAAGCUCAGCAUCAAAGCUCUGGACGUAGUGCUGUUUGGGCCACCUACACGUCCUCCUCAUAAUUACAUGAAGGACCUGCUGCUAAUUGUGUCAGUGGUGAUGGGAGUUGGAGGCUGCUGGUUUGCCCAGGCCCAGAACAAAGCCAGUAAAGUCAACAUUUCCAAGAUGAUGAAAGAUUUGGAAAGUCUUCAGAGGGCUGAACAGAGCCUCAUAGAUCUACAGGAACAACUGGAGCGAGCCCAGGAAGAGAAGCGUAAUGUCGCAGAGGAGAAACAGAAUUUGGAGGAGAAGAUGAGGGAUGAGAUCAUGGGAGCGCAGGAGGAGGCGCACCGUCUGCAUGAGCUGAGGCAGGGAGCUGUCACUGAGCUCAGCCGCCUCCGAUAUGCAGAGGAAGAGCUUGAACAGGUCCGUGGGGCACUGAAGCAGGCGGAGAAGGACAUGCAGGCAAGCUGGAAUGCCUCAGAGGCUCUCCAGCAGUGGCUGCAGCUGACACAUGAGGUAGAGGUCCAGUACUACAAUGUCAAGAAGCAGAGUGCAGAGCUACAGCUUGCCUCUGCUAAGGAAGAGGCUGAGAGAAUUAAGAAGAAGAGGAGUUCUGUGCUGGGGACUCUCCAUGUUGCCCACAGCUCCUCUCUAGACCAGGUUGACCAAAAGAUCCUUGAAGCAAAGAAUGCCUUAUCUGAAGUAACAGCCUGUUUACGGGAGCGCCUCAUUCGCUGGCAGCAGGUUGAGCGCAUCUGCGGCUUCCCCAUCAUCAGGAAUCCUGGUCUAGCAAACCUCACUGCUCAGCUCUACUCAGAACCAGUUGCCGUGGGGUGGCCCCGAGUGCCCCAGCCAUCUUGUUCAUGCCAUAGCUCCUUACACGGAUCUAUAGAGGAUCUGUUAGAAGAGUGUGCUUCUCCAAUUUUACCACAGAUGCCAGUUCCAGUUCCACCACUGAAACGCUCCCCUCGAACGCGGGCAUCCACUGUUUGUAGGCCACGUCGUCCUGGUGUCAUCACUCAGCCACUGGCUUCCAUAAUCUCCCCAGACCCUGACCUCCUCAUCCCCAUCCGAGCUCCAUACCCUUGCUUUGAUGAGGAAGAGGAGCUCUUCCUGAAAACUCUAAAGAAUAAAGACUCCCAAGAGAUGUGCUCAGACACAGAUUAUAUGACUUCACCUUCACUCAGCAAAAUGUUCCGUAGUCCCACUAUUGAUACUUCCUCUCAAAAGCUCUAUCAUGAUGAAACUGAAGUGCUUGCAGACAGCUCCAUUACAAAGCCUUUAAGCAAAGAAGUAGAAGCUGUUGUUGAUUCUCCAGUUCACAAAAUUUCUAUAGAAGAGCUUGAAGCUUCUGUAGACAUUGCCUGCAGGCAGAUGGCAAAAGACAAAGUGCUAGAUACUUCUUUGGAGACCCCUUCUUUGAAGAUGUCCAAAGAGUCUUUGAUAGAGGCUCCAUCAAGGAAGACAUCAAGAGACAGGAAUGAAGUUCCCAUGGAUGAUACAGUUAGAAAGGAGUUUUCCUGUGAGUUGGAUGCAGAAUUUCCAUCCAGGAAAGUAGAGAGAGAUACGAUAGGGGAUUUGAAGGACACUGCUUCAAGAAAUAUAUACAAAGAAAGAAGUGACUUACCACUCGAUUUGAGAAAGAUUUUUUGGAAUGAAUUAGAAGCAUCAACAGAUCAGCAGGCACAAAGGAAGAUAUCAAAAGAUGUGAUGGAAUCUUCAGUGGACAGCACCUCAUGGAAGAUCCUACGAGAUGAUGCUGAGCAUUCAUUUGACUCAGUAUCCAGAAAAAUUACAAGAGAUUCAGUGGGAAUGUCCCUAGACACAGGUUCUAGAAAUCACCCAUGGAAUAAAGGAGAAUACCAGCUUGAUUCCUCUGUGAGGGGAUUAGCAGUGGACAAAAUGGUUGAGAACACUAGAACACCAUCAAGAAGGAUAUCUAGAGACGAGUUGGAGUAUAGUACAGAUACUGCUGCUCUAAUGAUGCUACCCAGAGAGAAAUUUGAUGCACUUCUUGAUACCUCGUCUUCUACAGAGAAUCAAGAGUUUGGUUUAGAACCAACAGCAAACAGGAGGAUACUGAGAGAUGAACUUGAGAUGUCUGCUGGUUCUCUUAGAAGGCGAAUACCAAGAAUGUCAAGAGAUGACAGUUCCAUAGACAAUCCCACAGGAAAAAUCUGGGAUAGAGUUGAUGCAUCAAUGGAAAUACCUAAACAAUUGACACUGAGGGAGGAGUUUGGAGCAUCUGAAUCAAUUUCCUAUCCAGGUCGAAUUGGACAGCCAGACCUUACGGUAACCUCCCAGGUGCCAUAUAAGUCGACAUCAGACCUUUUAACAGUUGGCCCAUUGAGCCAGCUCGUAUAUGACGGAAUCCUUGAGAAGUCCUGCAACUCCAUGGCAACAACCCCAACGAACUUCUCUGCCUCAACACCUAACCUGCCUCAGAGCAGGCUGCUAGCAGAGGUGGGGCGACCGUUGCCACCGCCAAGGGCUGCCUACCAAUCUCCUGCAUUGCACCCUGAGACUGGAGAUGAGAGGAACAAGGAUAAGGAAAAGAGCAAGAAAUCCCUGAAGCUCAAAAAUCUUUUUAAAAAGAAAACUGAGUCAAAUCCAGAGAAGCUUCAAAGUGGUCUUCAGAAACUCUGA